UACAGUUAUAUCUGAGAAAAUAGCGUUCAAAUGAUGUGAUAAACCGAAGACAUCCUUAAGACUCGACUCCAAAAACUAUUGUUAAAACUUUUUCGUUGAGAGAAAAAAACAAUUAUUUUUUGAUAACAAGAUUUUGCGUACAAAUCGGUGGUAAAAAUGGUGAAAAAGCUGAAGACACUGCGGAACAAAUCGCUACAAUGCGGUGACCGAAAGCACGUGCCGAUGCCCACCGGGCCUUUCAGGAUCAUCGGCUUUCGCGACAUUAUGACCGGAUUCACGAAGAAGGGCGGCGUUUUGGUCCGUCUCUACUAUCCGGCCGCCGACCAGACGAAGACCAUUGAGGAGCAGCACCUGUAUUGGCCCAAUUGGCUGCCGCAGGAGGCGUACGGCCGCGGCUACGGCGAAGUGGCGACCAUUCGGUGGGAGCCGUUGUUUCGUUUUGUGCAGCGUCUGAAUGGCGACACUUUUAUUCCCGCCAUUCCUAACGCCAAACCCUAUCGCGAAAAAGAGGGCCAACCCUUUCCCACAAUCAUCUUCUCGCACGGCGUCGGCGGCUGUCGGACACUGUAUUCAGGCAUUUGUCUGGAGAUGGCCUCACAUGGAUUCAUAGUGGCCGCUGUGGAGCACAGGGACAACACGGCCUGUCUGUCAUUUUACGCCAAACAGAUCCGCUAUUCGAUGAAAGAGUCGAAUCCAAACUUCUUCGCCAACGAAGUGGACGGCCUGUGCGAAGACGAGCCCGACUUUGGCGACGAGAUCGAUGACCCGAAUUACGUGCCGCCCAAAGCGUUGGCCGCAGUGGUCUCUGUGCCGCACAUCGCCAUGGAAUGGGUCCGCUAUCGACACCAUCCCAUCGAGAAGACGUCGCGCAAGAUAUACGCCUUCCGGAACAAACAGAUCCAUCACAGAGUGCGCGAGUGUUCGCGAGCGUUGGAUCUGCUCGAAGCCCUUCAGGCCGGCUACGAGUUAAACAACAUUUUGGAUCCGCUCUUUAACAUUGCAGAGUUCGAGGGUCUCAUCGAUCUCGACAAAGCCGUCGUAAUGGGGCACUCGAUGGGCGGCGCCACUGCUGUCAUGUCGGCGGCGGUGGAGAUGCGCUUCAAAGUGGCCGUCUGUUUGGACGCCUGGAUGUAUCCAAUCAAAGACGAGGGCUUCGAUUUGGUCACUCAACCCAUACUCUUUGUGAACACCGAUAAUUGUAUCGAAAUGGCGGCUAAUUUUGAGAAAAUGAAGGAACUGAUUGUCAGCUCUGCCAAUCCCGUUGAACCCUCUGCCGAAGGCUCCGCUCCUGAGGCCCGCAAAGCCGUUACCAUCAGAGGAUCGGCUCAUUUCAAUCAAACCGAUACGCCGUUUGUGUUCAAUUGGUUUACGAAACUCUUUAUGAGACGAUUUAAGACCAAUUCCAAGAGGAAUAAGUUUACUGCUCACGAUUUGACCAAUUAUUUGGCCCUUUCCUUCAUUAGCCAACAAUUGGACAUAACCAUCGAUGAAGACGUCGAGCGAUACCUAAAUGAACAAAAGAAGAAAAUUAAGCCCUCCUUUAAGAAGUAACAAAACUAUUUUUAUCUAUUAAUAUAUGUUGUGAUCAAUCAAUCGAUGCCUAUAUAUAUGAUAUUUGAUGAC